UUUGUACUAUGUUUUGAGCAUUCCUCGUAUAAAUACAUUAAGGAACAAAAAUAAAAAGGAACAAGUGACGACAUAUCAAAGAAUCUAAAAUCCUGAAAGAAAGAAACGAAGUUUGACACUCACUGAUCAAAUGAGUCGCCAUCCGGAAGUUCUGUGGGCGCAGCGGUCUGACAAGGUUUACCUGACUGUUGCUCUACCUGAUGCCAAGGAUGUUACUGUGAAGUGUGAGCCUCAUGGUUUGUUUAGUUUCUCUGCUUCUAGGGUUCAACAUGAAUCUUACAGCUUUAGUUUGGAACUUUAUGGAUCAAUUGAACCUGGGGGUUGUAAAACUAAAACUAGCUCAAGAAACAUACUAUGCUCAAUCCAGAAAGGACAAAGAGGUUGGUGGAAAAGGCUACUGAAGUCUGAAGAGAAACCUGCACCAUACCUGAAGGUUGAUUGGAAUAAAUGGUGUGAUGAAGAUGAAGAGUCAGAUUAUGAGUUGAUAUCUGACGACGAUGGACGAUUUGCUGGUGAAGAUGAUGAAAGCAGUGAUGAUGAAGGAAUGUUAUAUCUCCCUGACUUGGAAAAGGCUAGAGGAAAGUAACUCUUACAGUACUAACAAAAGUUGAAGAAGCUUCAAGGAGAUGGAAUCAUAUGGAACUGUUAGAUAGGUGCAUGGAUAGACUACUUUAUAAGAAACAUUGAUAUUAUUUGUAGCUGUCCUGUAUAUAGAAUCUGAGUAGUGUUUUGGAAUCUGAAAACAAUCUUGAUCUUCUUUGAUGUGAAUGAUGGUGGUUGCAUCA